UGUCUAAGUUUGGUAUAAACCACAGAAUUUUUAGGAUCGAAUCUAUGGUUUCGAACAAAAUGAACGUGAAAGCAGUUCUGCGAGACUAUUCCAAAGAAUUUAGAACCCGAGAUUUACCCCAGGAAAGGACCAUAAAAACGUGUUUUGAGAAAUGGAGAAGAACCGGGUCGGUUGCUGAUGAUAGAGAGUCCAGGAAAACUGCAACAAAAUCCAUAGAUAAUGAAGAAACGCGUGCACUAGUUGAUGAAUUCUUUACUGCGGAGCCUAAUGCUAGUGUUCGUGUUGCAGCUCAGAGACUCAAUAUUUCCAAAACAAGUCUCUUCCGAAUCAUGAAAGAGCUUGAAUUGAGCGCAUAUAAAAUCCAAUAUCUUCAGGAUUUUAACCCAGAUCAUGAAGAAAGGAGAUUUGAGUUUGCCCAAUCAAUGAUAGAAAAGCUCCAUCAAAAGGAGAUCAACCCUCAUAAGAUUUGGUUCUCAGAUGAGUCUUGGUUCACUCUUGAAGGAGGACUCAAUAAACAGAACUACAGGUUCUGCGGGAAAGUAAAACCGGAUGGUUUCCUGACACGUAAUCUUCAUCCGAAGAAAAUUCUCGUUUGGUGUGCGUUCAGCGCUGAAAAAAUAAAGAAAAAUCAUUGCAAUUAG